AUGGUCCAGCUCACGGUCGCGGCGACGUUCGCCUUGUGCGCCGGCUCCGCGCUUGCGUCGUGUCACUACGGCACGAGCCACUUUAAGAGAGAGAACAAGGUGCCCGUCUUCAAGUUCGGCUAUACCGGCUUGAUCGGCCCCCUCAACUGGUACGGCCUCAACCCAAACGUCAACAAGCUGUGCGCCACCGGAACCCACCAGUCGCCCAUCAACCUCAACGGGUCGACGACGACGUCGCCGGGAAGCUCCGUUUCCUUCCAGGUCGACGGCGCCCCGAACGGCUCCGUCCUGGAGAACCUCGGCACGACGCUCGAGGUGCCGGGGAACGGAACGCUGGUUCACGGCGGCAAGACGUACCACCUCGUCCAGUUUCACUUUCACACGCCGAGCGAGCACUUCAUCGAGUCCGAGUACUCGGUCAUGGAGGUGCACUUUGUCUUUCAAGCCGACGACAAGUCCCUCACGGCCGUCGGUUUCCUCAUCGACCUCGGCCCGACCACGCCGUUCCUGUCGUCCGUCUUCCAGAACGUCGACCAAGUCGCGACGCCAGGUUCGGAUGCCGCCACCGGCCCGCUGUGCUUCACGGAGCUCGAGAAUCACCUCAAGAACAACAACAUUUACACGCAAGCGCACCCCGUCCCACCGUCUGACGUGCCGCGUUCGCUGACCGUUGCGUCCAGAUACUCGGGCUCCCUCACCACGCCCCCGUGCGCCGAGGGUGUGUCGUGGAUCGUGAGCAGCCAACCGCUGCACAUUGAUGCCGACACGUAUCACAAGGUCAAGGACAUCAUCCGCUUCAACGCUCGCUACAUACAAAACGUUCCCGGUGGGGUCAAUCUGCUUCAAAAUGCCGCCAAUUACUUGCAAAAGUAG